AACUGUGUGUACUACUGGUGUAAAUUGAGAGUUGUUUCUCCAACAUCAAAUAUGGCAUCAUCUUCUGUAGGCAGCUCAUCAGAUAAGUCAGGAAAGGACACGUAUGUCUCUCUUGUUGGCUAUAUUUCAAAUCAAAUUGUUGGAGCCAAACUCCCUUCCCACCGGCAGGUUUUGAGUGUUUUAUUCUACAAUUUAAGGGUUAAUAAUCUUGCAGCUAAGGACAGUGCUGCUCUGGUGAUUCAAGAAGCCUUUAAUUUAUGGCAAAAAGCUCGAAUUCCUACCCAAAGUACUGAAGAAUGCAUAGAUAAGUUAUUGCAACUCCAUGAUGAAUGGAAUGCCUUGCAGAAAAAUUUGACCAUAACCACAGGCAAGGAAAACCAAAAAAGAUAUGCUUUUGUCACGGCAAUGGACAAUCUCUUUGAUAUAGCUCAUCCAAAUGCUUUGGAAAUGAUGCAAAGUGAAGAAGACAAGAAUUUCUUGAAGCUUCAGCGCCAAAAAGGACGACCAGGCUCCAUGGUUUGUGUGGAUACAAAACAAAAACAAAGGGAAGAAUCUGCCCUGAAGAGGACUGCUGUGGAAACUGCAAGAAAAAAACGUACAUAUGACGAAAUGGAACAGCACCAACAUUACCCUACGCAUCAGCUUGCUACAUCUAAUACGGAUGAUUCAACCUCAAGUAGUCAAAGCAGUGAUGGUGGUGAUGAUGCUGAUCAUUCUGCUUAUGUUCUUCAGCAAAAAGCAGCAGCAGCAGCUGCUGCUGCUGUCAGACAUCCAGCAGCUCCAGUUCCUGACAUUGGUCAUCAACCUGAGAAGCCAAGCCACGAAAUUCCUGCACCACAGCUCUUCACAGGGAUGCAUGGGGUUUGGACAACCUCUGCCCCAACCUGGCCAGCAUACCUUCAUCGGGAAUAGCUGACUUGUGCCGGCUCAUCUGAAAUGCCAUGAAGUUUCUUUAAUUCCGAAUGUACUAUUAGUUACUAUUUCGUAGGUAGUAGAUAAAGAUGAAGAUAUCAGCACGUAUCCAUUGAGAAGCAGCUUAUGUACAAAAUGUGACAGAAAAAUGAGACUAGUAAAACUGCCAGCGAUCUAGCAAUGCUGUGUUGCAGGAUUGCUUAUAUGUUAUUCAGUUCUAGUUGCCACUACUUCUUUUUAUUACUCUAUUUUUGUUAGUGUUUUUUUUUCUGAGUUUGUGUUUCGGCUUUGCGUCACCCAUAAUGGAACAAUGCAAUUUGCAGAAUCUUUGUGCAAUUAAAUCAAUUGUAAGGCUUGAAAAAGCGCAAGUGUGACGCUUUUAAAAAGUUUUAAUAGGGAUAUGUAAACAUUUUAAUAUGAAAUAAGUGAA